AUGCCAGCGGAAGCAACAGCAGUAGAAGCAGCAGCAGUAGCUGUAGAAGCAGCAGCACUAGCCGUAGAAGCAGCAGGUGCCCGCAACAAGCGGACUAGGCCCAUCAAUACCGUCAACGGUGGAGUUCCGGGCUUGGACUUCCCAGAGGCGUUCAGGGCCCGCAAGAAAGCCUGCACCAGGCGUCGUCAGGAGCCAGCUGCGCAAACGACGACUAGUCCUACGACUCCCGCCAACGCCGUCGAGGAGCCCGCAGUUGAGGAUCCCAUGUCCAAACUGCGCAAGGACGUUUGUUCUGAUCUCGGCGUCCUCAUUGCGCGGCUCGCGAGCCCUGACACCAUCGACGCCCCGACAACCACCGCACACGGCAUCGCCGACCGUGCGAAGAUCCUGGCAACGCUGGGCCAGGCGCACAUGCUGCUCCGUUUUCACACUGGAGGCCCAAUACUGAGCAAGACUGAAUCGCCUUGA